AUGAUGAUCUCAAUUUUAUCGAUAAUUCCAGACUCAUCUGAAGAUUCGAGUUGUCCAACUGAUUCGGCAAUUCGUAAAUAUACGUUACCGUCGUUUGCUGAGCCUAUCACACCAAAGAUGCGACUGCUCAGUCUAUGCGAGAUCACAGAUGAAUGGCGUUUAAUGUCGCUUGUAAUCGAUCGGAUAUGCUUGAUAAUCUCCUUUGUGCUGAAUGUGGUUGCAAUACUGUCGUUCUUUCUACAAGCACAAUCCCUGUUCGAUACACGCGAACCACUGCAACGAACCAUUGCACAGAAACCGUUGAGCGGCGGUUCGAUAAAUAUGUUUGCGAAUUGA